AGAAGAAGAAGCAGAAGAAGACUGUACAGGAUAUAUUCUGCAAUAUAAUCGUGAGAACAGUAUUUGGUGGUUUUAUUAAUCCUUAUUUAUACGUGCCACUCAAUUAAAACUGUAUUCUAUUAUAUGCAUGUGUUUGAUUAAGCUAAAAUAUGCUAAACAAGCAUUGAGAUCUAUAACUUAAACUCUGUGUAUCUCACUGACGUGGAAUAUUCUCUCCAGAGGAAUGGAUAAAGUCAUAACCUGUUUCACCAAGCGCCCAGAUGCUUCGGUCCGUCUCAUCUGUUUUCCCUGGGCAGGUGGAGGCUCUAUUCAUUAUGCUCGCUGGGCCAAAACUCUCAGCAGCUCUAUUGAAGUGUACUCCAUUCGACUGCCAGGCAGAGAAGGAAGAACGAAGGAACCAUUUUUUCUAAAUAUGCAGGAAAUCAUCGAUGAGGUCAUCGGUGUGCUUCUUCCACAUUUCAGAGAGAAGCCAUUUGCCCUCUUCGGACAUAGUUUUGGAGCUAUGACUUGCUUUGCUUUUGCUGAACACGUAAAGAAGGUCUACAACCUUGAGCCGAUCCACAUGUUUCUCUCUGGAGCCUCAGCACCAUAUUCUGAAGCAAGACUGCAGGCACCAAGAAGAAGUAAUCUGUCAGAUCAAGAGUUUCUUGUGUGGGUCACUUCUAUUGGAGGCACACCACCAGAGAUACUGGCCAAUGCUGAGCUCGCCAAACUCUUCUUACCUGCGCUGAAAGCAGAUCUCUGUGUAGUGGACAAUUAUAGAUGUAGCAGACCAUCAACACCCUUCCUGUCAUGUCCAGUAUCAUGCUUUGACGGAAAAGAGGAUGCACCCCAUGACUUACAAGCUUGGAAGGACAUGACAAGUGGUGACUUCACUGUGCAGAUGCUUCCUGGGUCUCAUUUUUACUUGAAAGAAGCAGCAAAUGAAAAAUAUCUUCUGGACCACAUCACAAAACAUCUUGAGAAUGCAGAGAUGGACUAUUUAUAGAAACAACUCUGGCUUCCAUUGAUUUAUCUCUAAUUCAUAUUCACUGAUGGAAACAAUUUCUUGUAACUGUGAAAUGACACAUAAAGGAAACCAAUUGAUGCAAAAAUAAUCAUUCCGUUAAUUGUGCACAGAAAUAUUCAUGACUUGUUUUGAGCAAUAAAUCAUGAAUAACUUGGAUGUACACAGAUUCAGUAAUGUUAGAUGAUAAAAAUUGCUAUAUGAAAAUAAUUAAGUAUUUAAUGCAAAACUGUAAAAAUAUAUAACUAAUUGUAUGUAUUUAAACAGAAUGAAUGGUUGAAUGAAAGGAAGAGGGGGAACUAUUAAUAACAUUUCUAAAUACAAUUUGUACAUUUUCUGAAUAAAAAUGUGAUAAGUGCAAGAAGUGUUGUGGGAA